AUGGAUCAUAAUCAGCUGCCGCCUGGGGCAGAAGGGCCCUUGCGGACGAUAGAGGAGCCAGGUAUCAAAGCCGACGGGGAUUUGCUGCAGACGCUGCGCAGGGAGGUUGCCGAAUUGCUUGGUCGCAACGCACUCGGGUUCCCAGGGGCGCAGCCCGUGAGCUUCGGGGCGCGGCAUAUAGAGGAGCUUUCAAAGCAAGACUACUAUGUUUGCGAAAAGUCUGAUGGCAUUCGAUAUCUCCUCUACCUCACACAUGACGGUGCAGGCAACGGCGCGAACUACUUCAUCGACAGGAAGAACGACUUUUGGUUCAUACCAAACCAGUAUCUUCGCUUCCCUCUGAGCGAGAAUCCCACUGGCUUUCACCAAGAUUCCAUUCUCGAUGGGGAGUUGGUGAUCGAUACCUUACCAGACGGUCGCCAAGAGCCUCGCUAUCUAGUCUUUGACUGCCUCAUCAUUGACAAGAAGCUUCUCGUCGAGCGCACCCUUGACAAGCGGAUUGCCUACGUCAAGCAAAACAUUUACGAUCCCUACAAAAAGGCCCUCGCCUCGCGACCGGACAUGCGUCCGCUGCAGCCGUUCAUCCUGCAGAUGAAGGAUUUCCAGUUCUCCUACGCCAUCGACAUGCUGUUCGCCACUGUGCUGCCGAACCUGCCCCAUGGGAAUGACGGGCUGAUCUUCACAUGCCGGAACACUUCAUACAAGCAUGGCACGGACGAGCACAUUCUGAAGUGGAAACCGCCCGAGGAAAACACCCUCGACUGCCGAAUAAAGCUUCACUUUCCCACCGUGGAGCCCACCGCGGAUGAGAUGGCCGAGGGCAUCACUGAGCCCUUUGUCGACUAUGACUCCGUGCCCUCCGCAGACCUGCUCGUCUUUGCGGGCCGCGAGCGAGGCGCGGAUCAGUAUGAUUACUUUAACCCGCUGUACAUCACUGAGGAGGAAUGGGACACACUCAAGUCGCUCGGGGAUCCGCUCGACGACCGUAUCGUGGAGUGCAACUUGGACGACCAGGGCCGCUGGCGGAUCGUUCGAUUGCGCGAUGACAAGAAGGAGGCGAACCAUCGAAGUACGAUGGCUAGCGUGCUCAGCAGUAUACACGAUCGCGUGACGGAUAAGGAUCUGCAAAAGGCGGCGCCGGAGUGGAAAGUGCAGUACAAGGCACGCGCGGAGGAGGCGAAGAGAGCCGCCAAGAGGUGA